GGGAGGGAGCCCGGUCGCCGCCGAGACGCGCGUCCCGCUCGGCCCCCCCGCGGCCCCGCCCCCGGCCCGAGGGCAGCGCUAGGACACGGCCCGGAGGUGGCCGGGGGGCGGGGGAGACCGAGAUAUCCCGCCCUCGGGGAAGCCCGGGAGUGGGGCGGGCGCGUGGGCCCAGAGGAAAAGCCCCGAAGACCGGGAAGAUGGAGGAGAUCUCAGCGGCCGAGGGGGCGGGGACCCUCGCCGCCUCCUGAGGGGUCACCUUGGUCAGACCCCCCGCGGCCCCGGGCUGCGGGGAAGGCGGCAGGAAUGCCUCUCCGCAGGCCCUGAUUUCUCUGCCCAGCCCAGUUCCAGGAACGCACAAGCAAAGGCCUCUCCCGAUUCCGAGCGGCGCAAACGGGGUUCGAGGCUCGGCUCGACCUGUGGCGCCCAUGCGACGCCGAGCUGGUCCCUGCCUUCCCCUUGGCCUCGGUUUACGCUACGGUGGAAUAAGAACGAGGCUCGGAUCGAACAAUCUGGGCUUCUACUAUACUGGCGUCAGCAAUGGGACAACGUAGGUCCCCAGCCUGAGCGCUGCGGGGUCCUCGAUCCGGCCUGGACCUCGCUGUUAGAAGAACUCUGACCUGGGAUCCCCACUCUCUCUGGAUACAUCUUUUGGAUGGCAAAUAAUAUACCUCCUUUCUGAGGCAGUUGUGAAAAUUAAGGUACCCUCAACACAGCCUUGCCAACAUUCCACUGACCCCAGAGACCCAGCGGGACCAGGAGCGACGAAUUCGGCGAGAGAUUGCUAACAGCAACGAGCGGAGGCGCAUGCAGAGCAUCAACGCGGGCUUCCAGUCCCUCAAGACCCUCAUCCCCCACACAGAUGGAGAGAAACUCAGCAAGGCAGCCAUUCUCCAGCAGACAGCCGAGUACAUCUUCUCCCUGGAGCAGGAGAAGACCAGGCUCCUGCAGCAGAACACGCAGCUCAAGCGCUUCAUUCAGGAGCUGAGUGGCUCAUCUCCGAAGCGGCGGCGAGCGGAGGACAAGGACGAGGGCAUUGGCUCCCCCGACAUCUGGGAAGAUGAGAAGGCGGAAGACCUGCGGCGGGAGAUGAUUGAGCUGCGGCAGCAGCUGGACAAGGAGCGCUCAGUGCGCAUGAUGCUGGAGGAGCAGGUGCGCUCGCUUGAGGCCCACAUGUACCCGGAAAAGCUCAAGGUGAUCGCCCAGCAGGUGCAGCUGCAGCAGCAGCAGGAGCAGGUGCGGCUGCUGCACCAGGAGAAACUGGAGCGGGAACAGCAGCACCUGCGGACCCAGCUCCUGCCCCCUCCAGCCCCUACGCACCACCCCACAGUGAUUGUGCCAGCACCAGCUCCCCCCCACUCCCACCACAUCAAUGUUGUCACCAUGGGCCCCUCCUCAGUCAUCAACUCUGUUUCCACAUCCCGGCAAAAUCUGGACACCAUUGUGCAGGCAAUCCAGCACAUCGAGGGCACCCAGGACAAGCAGGAGCUGGAGGAGGAGCAGCGACGAGCGGUCAUCGUGAAGCCCGUCCGCAGCUGCCCGGAGGCCCAUACCUCUGACACAGCCUCCGAUUCAGAGGCCUCAGACAGUGAUGCCAUGGACCAGAGCCGGGAGGAGCCAUUGGGGGAUGGGGAGCUUCCCUGACCACCCCCAGCCCUCCUCUCCCUUGUGGGGGCUGGAGGGGGCCGGGGCAGCAACAGGGAGAAAUGUGGGUGAAUGAGUGAGAAAUUUUUACAAAAUUAUGAUGACAUUUGGGUCUCUUUUAUGACCUCUUUUUUCAAUACUGUAAAUCAACCUUUGAACGAAGCCACUCAAGCCAGGGUCCCGGGGCUGGGGUGGUGCAGUGUGUGUGGGAGCAUCGGGACCCCAGGGCUGGGCCUCGGCCCUGGGGGCUGGGGGACGCUGACACUGAGGUGCCUGGCCUCUCUCCGCCAAAAAAACAUUUUUUUCAUUUGAAUAUGUUUUUAAGAACAGGGAAAAUCAAACGAAAUCCCAAGAUAUUUCCUCCCUCCCCAGAGCCAGCCCUACUCCUGUCAGUCUUCAAUCCUUCCCUCCUCUGUUUGGUUUUCUUCUUUCUUCCUUAAGCACUUACAUGGGUUGGGGGUCAGGCUGGGUCGGGCUUUCUGGGGGCCCGGGGGUCUGUGUUGCUUCUUGGUUGGGGUUUGCUGCUGCCCUUCUCCCUUCCCCCUCCCCAUCUCAGCACCAGGACUCUCCAUCCCCCAGCCCACCUCUCCCUCCAGGUCCCAUCCUCAACCCCAGAAUGUCUUUGUCUCUCUCUUUUUGUUUUGUUUGUUGUUGGUUUUAUUUUGGUUUAGAUUUUUUUUUUAAAACAAUUUUGAGGUCUUUGUGUCCAAGGAGAAGCUAUUAUAUUUUGUUAAAAAGUGCGGGAAAAACCAAGAGGCCACUGUG